AUGUAUGGCUUUAAAUUGAAAAAUUGUCAUAGGAUUAGUAUACGAUGCUCACAUUCAAUUCGAACUCCAAAUGUUUCCCAAAUUCCUGAUUUCACUAAGUAUUCGCCUAUUAAACCAAUCAAUGAGGAGUUAGUACGAUAUAUCGAAAGUACAAUGGGUGCUUAUCAACCUAGAUCGAAACAUGUCAAUCAACAACAUUACUACCAUAAUAGGACAAUCUUACUAAAUGAUUACUUAAAGAAGGCUCCACAUGCAAUGUCGUUGAUGCAAUUGGCACAAUAUUAUGAUGAUUCAACAACAUUGACCAAACAAAAAAUUAUAAAUUCAGGGAUUUUCGUCAAGGAGGAACUAUGUAUAAGAAUUGCCCAUCAGAUAUAUAAGUUACAACAGUUACCAUUUGCUGUUACAAAUAAUUUCCACUUUCAACAGGUUUAUGAGUCGUAUUAUAAUAUUUUUGAAAGGUUUAGAAAGUUUCCCGCUAUACGUACACUGGAAGAUAAUCAUAAGUUUACAGAAUUUUUAUCAUUAAUUUUGCAAGAUUUUAAUUCUUUGAAUUUACCUCAUAUGAUUAUGGGUGCCCUAGAAUGCAUAAUAUUAGACUUAUAUCCCAAGGAUAAGAUGGAUGAGUUGCUUUCGCAACUAAUACGGGCUCGUAUAUCAAGGAGAUUGAUUGUUGAAGAGCACAUUGGUUUAACAACAAACUUUGCUAGUGGGAAAAAGAAAAAUGCCCUGGUUUUGGGGGAUAUAUUCCAGGAAUGUUCUGCAUACGAUUUCUUAAUAGCCGCUAAGAACUCUUGUGAACAUGCAGUGAGGACAAUGUAUUUUGAUAGCAUGCCGAUGCCGGAAUUUAUCAUCGAAGGACAUAGAGACCUUAAAUUUUAUUUCUUACCAGCCCAUCUCAAAUAUAUAUUAAGUGAGAUAUUAAGAAAUACAUAUGAAGCUACAAUUAAGGAAUAUAUCAGAAUGGGUCUGGAUAAACCUAAUGAAAUAAAAGUAACCAUAAUAAAAAAUGAAGAAUCAUAUUUAUUCCGUAUUUCAGAUAAAGCGGGUGGAUUAGAUUACGAUGAUCAAAGUAUAUGGUCAUUUGGUAAGAAUAAAGAAAUGACAGCGAAAUCAUUAGAAAAUUUCCAUAGACUUCCAGGGUUACAGACUGUCUCCAUUUAUGAUUACAUAUACCAGAGUAAAUCCUCAAAAAAUAAAAAUAUAAAAUCGGCCAAAGAUCUAUAUCGACACACUUCUUUACAGUCAAUGAGUGACACCAAUCUGUCAAAGGGCAUCUUCAAAUUUGAAAAACCCCUAAAAGGUUUAUUGGAAAGACCAUUCCGUCAUAAACUAGGAAUAGGUUUAGCUACAUGCAAAGUGUACGCAGAAUAUUGGAAUGGUGAUAUCACAUUACACUCCAUUCCAGGUCAUGGUACAGAUACCGUUCUCAAGCUAGGGAAUUUAAUGAAAAACACAAAAAAAUUACAAUUAGAUAAAGUAUAG